AUGGCGGGGCUGGCGAAGAUGAAGAAGAAGCUGCUGCCGCUGCAGACGGGCGGCGGCGUGCGCGCGCCUGACUCGGGCGGUGUGGGGGAAAUGCCUGCCAUGGCCAACGACCCGUACGCGUCGUAUAAGGUCAGCGAGGAAGGACACAUCAACCUAAUGAGUCAGUCUUUUAAUGAGUACGCGAUCAGCGAGCAGGGGUUGCAGGUGAACAAGGAGGGGCAGCAUUCAGAGGACAGCAGCGCGGGCGGCGAGAAGACGUACCGCUGUGCUUCUAACGAAAUGCUCGUGUUCGGCGCCAUCGGUUCGGGGGCGAGCAGCGUUGUGUGUAAAGCCAUACACAUACCCACGCACCGCCUGCUCGCCCUAAAAAAAGUCAACGUCUUUGAAAAGGACAAGCGGCACCAGCUGCUGAACGAGAUCCGCACGCUGUGCGAGGCGCCGGCAGCGCCGGGGCUGGUGGAGUUCUACGGCGCGUUCUACCAGCCGGACAGCGGGCAGAUCAACAUCGCCCUCGAAUACAUGGACGGCGGCUCCCUCGCUGACGUGGUGCAGGUCACCAAGACCAUCCCCGAGGAUGUGCUGUCCGCCAUCACGCGGCGCGUGCUGCAGGGCAUGCAGUUCCUGCACACGGACCGGCGCAUGGUGCAUCGGGAUAUCAAGCCGGCGAAUCUGCUGCUGAACCUGAACGGCGUGCCCAAGAUCACCGACUUUGGUAUCAGCACCGGCCUCGACCACUCCCUCGCCAUGUGUGCAACGUUCGUGGGAACAGUGACGUACAUGUCACCGGAGCGCAUAGCGAAUCAGAACUACUCUUUCCCCGCGGACAUCUGGAGCCUCGGGCUCGCGCUGCUGGAGUGCGGCACCGGCACCUUCCCCUACACGGCUGAUAAAGGGCCCAUCAACCUCAUGCUGCAGGUGAUGGAGGACCCGGCGCCCACGCUGCCGCCCGGGUACUCAGCGGAGUUCCAGUCGUUUGUCAACGACAGCCUUGAGAAAGACCCCUUCCAGCGCCCCACCGCUGAAGUUCUGCUGCAGCAUCCGUUCAUAACGAAGCACGCAGAGGAGGACGUGGACCUAGCGGGGUACAUUCAGAACGUGGUCAACCCCACCGAGCGCCUCAAAGACCUCUCCAAUAUGCUGAUGGUGCAUUACUACAUGCUGUUUGACGGCCCUGACAAGAUGUGGCCGCACAUAGAGAGCUUCUACAAGCCAGACGCCACCCUCAUGUUUGGGCACCGGGUGUACACGGGGGGAGAGCAGAUAUUCGCGACGCUGACGUCCAUCCGCACCAUGAUGCUGGGCGAGGCCAAGUCGGAGCGCCUGGUGCACACCAUCGAGAACCUCGAGUGCUGCGCGUACGGCCGCCGCGGCGUCAUGGUGCGCGUGUCUGGCGCCCUCGUGGUCGGGCGGCAGUUCAUCCCGCCGCCCGGCACGCAGGUGGAGGGUAUUACGAGCGGCGGGGCGACGGGGUACAAGGGGCAUGGGAAGAAGCUGGGGAGCUUCAUAGAGCUGUUUGUGAUCGAGCCGGGGGAGGCGUCGGGGUCGUACCUGGUGGCCAAGCAGGAGCUGUAUGUGCAGAAGUGA